AAUAGUUUAAUAGUCACCGAUUGAAAUAUUAGCGCAUGCGCAAUGCGUCAAAAACACCCAAAUUCUGUUAGAACUAUUCUCAAUUUUAGCUCAUAUUUUAGGCUUAAUUUUGAACUGAUUUGUCAGCCGAGCUUAUCAAUGUAAAGCCAAAAUGCCAAAUUUACUUCCAGUUUUGAAGAACUUACGUCAUUUAUAAAAUGGAUGCCUCAACCGACUUGGAUGUGUCAGCUCUGAGACAGAUAAAAACUCAAAUGUCUGAGAGCGGUCAAUCAGAUGCAGGCAGUAGCCAUGGUAAAGGGUCCGGGGCUGUUCCUAAGGACCGAGAACGCAAGAUUGGACAUCGCAGAUACAAUGAAAAGACAGGACUUGUUACAUAUAAAAAGAAACCUACGAGUGAGCUGCAGGCUGCCAUACAGUUAGGGAUUGGGCAGAGUGUGGGAGGUUUGUCUGCGAAAGCUGAGAGGGAUUUGCUCAUGCAGGAUUUCGGAGUUGUUCAGAGUGUUUUCUUUCCUGGCGAAGGCAGCAACAUGACCCCUGCACAUCAUUACAGUGACUUUCGCUUCAAGACGUACGCUCCGAUGGCCUUUCGAUACUUUCGGGAGCUGUUCAAUAUAAGACCUGAUGACUUUAUGUUGUCGCUAUGUGAUGAUCCCAUGACGGAGCUUACAAAUCCUGGUGCCGGCGGAAGUAUAUUCUACAUCUCCGCGGACGAUGAGUUUAUAAUCAAAACUGCCCAGCAUAAAGAGGCCAACUUCCUUCAAAAGUUGCUUCCUGGGUAUUAUAUGAAUCUUAACCAGAAUCCAAGAACAUUGCUACCAAAAUUCUAUGGUCUUUACUGUUACCAGUGUGGUGGCAAGAAUAUCCGGUUUGUGGUUAUGAACAAUAUGCUCCCUUCUGUAGUGAAAAUGCAUGAGAAAUAUGAUUUGAAAGGAAGCACAUACAAGAGAAAGGCUUCCAAAAGUGAACGGAACAAGAAAUCUCCCACUUGGAAGGAUUUGGAUUUCAUGGAAUUACAUCCAGAUGGCCUGAUGUUGGAAAAAGACACCUACGAUGCCCUCGUUAAAACCAUACAGAGGGAUUGUAGAGUGUUGGAGAGUUUUAAGAUCAUGGACUACAGUUUGCUGGUGGGAAUUCACAACCUGGAUAUCGCCAAGAAAGAAGCAGCUGCAUCUGCUCACAACAGAACUGACCUCAACACAACGGGAUUUAACACCAUGGGCGGUGGCCUGUCCUCAUCACAGGGAACCAGCGCCAGUGAAGUGCAUGAUGCCGGUAAAAACAAAGGAUUAGCUAGAGGGAAGUCGAUGCGUACCAAAGUGACCCAGUAUUCCACACCAAUGGAGUCUAUACAAGCAGAAGUUCGCGAUAUUCUAGAGGAAUUUGAUGACGAUGACAUUCCACCCGGUGGCAUACCAGCCAAGAACUCCCGAGGCGAGAGGUUACUUCUAUACCUGGGAAUUAUUGACAUUCUGCAGUGUUAUAGGUUCAGAAAGAAGGCUGAACACACAUUUAAACGGAUGAUAACGGAUGGGGAUACAGUUUCUGUGACGCGGCCCAGUUUUUACUCCGAGAGGUUUCAAAAGUUUUUUACGAAUACCGUGUUUAAAAAGGCUCCAUCCCGGUUUGGAUGGAUGGGUAUUGGAAGAUUUUCACACCAUGCAGCAUUGAAACAUUCCCCAUCCAAACGUAAACCUGGUGACAGAGGUCCAAGAACUCAAAGCAUGAACGAUGCUGACACUUCGAAGGAUUCCCAUGUCACAGGAACCAUGGGAGCUAGGCCAGACAUACUUAUGGGAAGUUCUACGCCUCCUCCUCCAUUUUCAGAGGCUGUUGCAGGAGCAAGGCCUAGAACACACACCUCCCCGAUUCGUGCGGACAUUGAAAUGUCAAGGUCAGAUAGAACAGACCAAAAUGUGUUUCGAACAAUUCCUCAACAGGAGACACAUAUACAGACAAUGAGCAAUAUAAAAGUUCGGCAUUCCCCCAUCAGUGUAUCAGACUCCACACCAACUUACACCGAAUUUACUGAAGGGACACCCAGCUAUACCCCAUCUAGUCCAAGCUGUUCUAGCGAUGUGCUUGACACCAAUAUCCCUAACCUCCCCAUAGACUCUGCGACUCCCUCAGCCUCCCCUUCUGUAACCAGUUCCCCAUCCAAAAUGGCUGCAAGCAGUUGGACCGAUGCUUCCUUCUAUAGCACUGUGUCCAACUUUGACAGCGGUCAGUCAUCAAGGUCUGACGAGAGGGUAAUUACUCCGUCUGAUGUAACCACAACCAUGGACAGCAGUAGUGACACCAUUACUGUCGAAAAUAGCGAACAAAAGAUAAAAACCACUAUAGAAGUAAAGCCACCCACACAAUAUCGUGGAUCAAACAUCGUCAGCAAUAGUUUUGAACAAAUUGAAACAGACUCAGAAGUGACGCAUAGGUAUUCGGACACUUCGUACGGGUCAUCUUCUGUUGUUACCAGUGCUGAUGGGGAUUAUUCAGCAUCUGUUGAAGGGUCAGACUUGACUGAAAAAGGCGGGAAAAGUGAAGAUCAGACUGACAGUGGGAAAAAAGUAAACAAACGUGAAUUGCUAGCUGAUGAUGGGGAAAAUGUAGGAAAUGUUAAUAAAGGUGAUAUUAGGAGAGGAUCGAAGAAGACAGAAACAGGAAGUCAGAAUUAUGAUGAAGCUGAAAACGAGGUUGACGAAUCCAAUUAAUUGAAAAGAAAUGUCCAGCUUGAAUUCAUGACAUACUUAUGAGGAGGUACUAUACUCACUUUAAAGAAUUCCAUUGGCUGAGGGUGUAUGCGAGAAGCAUUUGGAUUGGACAAUGUGUAUCUGAAUUUUAUUGGAUGAGAGUUUAGAAGAUAUUUGCAUUGCAUAAGACAUUACAGCCAACCAUUGUGUAAACAUGCAUUUGAAUUGAUGAGGGCUUAGCGUUUAUUGCCAUUGGAUAAAAAAUAGCCAAUCACCUCGUAACUGUAUUUAAUUGGGUGAGGAUUUAGUGUACAUUUCCAUUGGAUAAGACAUUAACCAAUCAUUUGAUGUAUUAGAAUAUUACGAAACAAUUGAAAUCAUGUAGUAUGUCUUUAGUACAAUCAGUUGACCUGAUUCACUUGUGAUUUUAUAUUUAUUCAAUUAUUGUAUUAUGAAAAGAUACCGGUAGUGUAUAUAAAUGUCCCUAAAUAAUCACAUUAAUUGAACCAUAAUGGAUGAAACUGAAAAUGUUUUAAUACAUUGUUUAUUUUAAUUAAAUGUAUAUUGCAUGGAACUGUACACAAGGAAAAUGUAUUUAAAGGCCAUAAUUAAGGAAGCUGGGUUGUGUUUUUUUAUAACCAAUCAAAGUAGUGCCAUCAAGAUUUAUUAAUUAGUUUCAACAUUUGAGAAAUCAGAUUCAUAGGAAAUGUGAAUGCACACUGCCACUGUCAUUGUGAUUGUUUAUUACAAAACUGAAUGUUAAAUGUCCACUUGUUGUAUAAAUUUUGUGAAAUUCUAAAGUUCAGACAGAGAAUAUUUGUUUUAUAUCACUGGGUGAUCAUUUUCUUUCUUCAUUAUCUUGAACUUGAGAGUUUUAUUUUUCGUACCAAUAAUACAGUUCUAUGUUUUUAUUAAGAAAUUGCACCCUAGCAAAACAAAUUCUCUAGCAUUAUGCAGUGUUCAAAUACAUUCAUUUUCAAUACUGCCCAACAAUCUCAUUUAAAUGGACAACAGAAACGAGCUGACAUCCAUUCCAUCUUGUAGUUAAAUAUCAUCUUGGUGUUCAUACUUUGCUCUUUGUUAGAUAUCAAUAUGUUCAACCAGCACGAGAAGGUUGUCAAUGAUAUAUACAAAAGGUUAUCUAUCCAUAAUAGACCCGAAUUCUAAUUGUGACAUGUACAUGUAUCUGUUCUACUACAGGUCUUUAAUGGUAAUUCAUCACCAAUAUGUGACAAUACUUCUUUUGCUUUAGUAUAUUUUGUGUAAUAUUUGCAUUCUUAGGAGUUUUGGGGCUUUAAUUAAAGGAUUUUUUUAAUAAUCACGAUUGACUAUUUUUUAAGGAGAAAUCAAUGUUAAGAAAGAAAUUUAGCUAAUGCUUGUUCGCUUCAGAGCCUACAUGAAAUUAGGGCCAGUAUCAAAAAGAAUAAGUUGUACUGAUAAUACAGUCGAAACCCGCUGGUUCGACGCCAGGAACCGGCCAAAAUACUUAGAGCCUCGCGAAUAUCUAGCCAAGCGGGAAUGCUUCCUUAUAGUAAAAGAAUCGAAUCUCUUCAUCAAAUUCGAGCCAACGAGGAAAUCUAGCCAAGCGAUAUCGAGCCAACGGGUUUCGACUGUAAUAAUAUUGGUACUAUCUUGUGCAAAAGUUUGUUAGCAGUCAUUGCUUUGUGACAAGCUUAGGAAAGUGUGCCACGGUUUGAAUGUUUGUCCUUUAUAGAGCAUAGAUGUGUGUAAGUCGCUAUCAUAUCGGAGGGUAAAUACCAGACGGUAUCAAACUGUAUUCAAAUAUAAAAGGCUUAUCUACCUGCAUUUACCUGAUGAUAUGUCGCCGUUGAUUGGAAUGAAAUUGAAGAUUAAACAAUGUCUCUUUUACAAUUGAAAAUACCAUUGGCUUUAAUACCACUAGCCAUUUCAUUAAGACCUUAAUAGGAGUUUUAUUUAUAAUAUAAUAUGUAUGUAUCGAUUUGUACUCUGUUUGAAAAAUACAUGAGAAUUAAUCCUAAGCAGCGAUUUGUUCAAGGAAGAAUUGAAAACUGAGCACUCUGAGUCCUAAUGUUGAAAUUCUCCUACAGAUGUUGAAAAGCUGUCCUAUUUAUGUAGAAAUAUCUCCUAUUAUUUUUGAAAAUCAUUUCUAUAAUUGUUCAUAAUAUCUCCAACAAUUGUUGUAAUCUCUCCUACUAUUGUUAAAAAUCAUUUCUACAACUGUUGAAAUUCUCAUAGAACUGUAGAAAAUCUCUCCUACAUGUGUUGAAAGUAUCUCCUACAACUGUUGAAAUCCCCAUAACUGUUAAAUAUCUUCUAAAUAUCUUCUAAAACUGUUGAAAAUAUCUCCUACAAGUGUUGAAAAUAAAUCUCUCCUACAACUGUUGAAACUCUCUCUUACACGUGUUGAAAAUCUCUGAAACAACUGUUGAAAAUCACUCCUACAAGUGUUGAAAAUAUCUCACAUUAGUAUUAAAAAUCUCUCCUACAACUGAUGAAAAUCUCUGAAACAACUGUUGAAAUUCUUCUAUGACAAUUUCACCUUCUAUUAUUGAAAAUCUCUCCUAGGUCGAAACUGCUUCUUCAUGCGUCUUGAUGAAAUGGAACCGAGACUUAUUUAUAAUUCUGAUAUUAUACACAUAAUUCUCUAAUGAUGAUAUAUUGAUUGGACUGACCAGUCUUGGAAGUCCUAAAUUUGAAUAAAAAUUGUAUAUUACUGCCAUAAACUGUCAAUUUUCUGUGAAGAUUGGAUUCAUCUGUAAUAAAUUAGUUGAAAUGCUUGA